GUUUUAGACCCGACUGGAAAUGUGAGUUUUUUUUUAACAUACAAUCCAAAAUUCCACGAAAGAAUGCCGAUGAUUUUAACGAAUGUCAACACAUUCCUGCCAUCGCUGUAUCACAAGACGAGAGAGAACAGCCACAAAGAACCAGAGAACAGCCACGAAGAACAACAGAACAGCAAGAAAGAACAACAACAAAGAACCAGAGAACAGCAACAAAGAACAACAAGAAAGAACCAGAGAACAGCAACAAAGAACAACAGAACAGCAAGAAAGAACCAGAGAACAGCCACAAAGAACCAGAGAACAGCAACAAAGAACAACAGAACAGCAAGAAAGAACCAGAGAACAGCCACAAAGAACCAGAGAACAGCAACAAAGAACAACAGAACAGCAACAAAGAACAACAGAACAGCCACAAAGAACCAGAGAACAGCAACAAAGAACAACAGAACAGCAACACAGAACAACAGAACAGCCACAAAGAACCAGAGAACAGCAACAAAGAACAACAGAACAGCAACAAAGAACAACAGAACAGCAACACAGAACAACAGAACAGCCACAAAGAACCAGAGAACAGCCACAAAGAACCAGAGAACAGCCACAAAGAACAACAGAACAGCAACACAGAACAACAGAACAGCCACAAAGAACCAGAGAACAGCAACAAAGAACAACAGAACAGCAACAAAGAACAACAGAACAGCCACAAAGAACAACAGAACAGCCACAAAGAACAACAGAACAGCAACACAGAACAACAGAACAGCAACAAAGAACAACAGAACAGCAACAAAGAACAACAGAACAGCAACAAAGAACAACAGAACAGCAACAAAGAACAACAGAACAGCAACAAAGAACAACAGAACAGCAACACAGAACAACAGAACAGCAACAAAGAACAACAGAACAGCAACACAGAACAACAGAACAGCAACAAAGAACAACAGAACAGCCACAAAGAACAACAGAACAGCCACAAAGAACAACAGAACAGCAACACAGAACAACAGAACAGCAACAAAGAACAACAGAACAGCAACACAGAACAACAGAACAGCCACAAAGAACAACAGAACAGCCACAAAGAACAACAGAACAGCCACAAAGAACAACAGAACAGCCACAAAGAACCAGAGAACAGCUAG